GUCUACCUAAUCUUGAGGGUUUUUUCUUGGGUACGAAUGACUUUCGAUGGCCUGUAUUGGAUAGAGUUGUGAUACUGAAAUGCCCAAAAAUGAGAAUGUUUACAGAAGGUCACUCGAAUACUCCGAUGCUGAAAUACGUGGAAUCAGACAUGGGAGAACAUAGUGUGGAAUGUGGCAAAAUCAACAACUUGUUCCAUCCUCCUCCUACAACUACUGCUGCCUUCUUGCAACAACAACAACAAGAGCAGAAGGUUCCAUAUGAUCCAAGUUUGGAUGGUUCAACCACCUCACUCCCCCCUAUUUCACCAAGAACGAGGAUGCCCUGGUUCUACAAUCACUUGAUCAAAGCUGAUGUGCGAGACAGGUGGGUGGGUAAUCCGAGAUUUAUAAUUCGACACAAUGAGUUGCAGCAUCUUCAGAAGAUUGAAAAGAUGAAAAUAUCAUGGUGUUCCGCGGUAAAGGAGAUAUUCGAAACAUUCGAAAUGAGCAGUGGUUUGAACCAGCAAACACAUUCUGUUCUGGAAGUAAGAGAGAUGGAAUUCUCAAGGUUGUCUGAUAUCAAGUGUUUAUGGAAGAGCAAACAGUGGACAGUAUUGAAGUUUCCAAACCUAACAAGACUAUCUAUUGUUGGUUGUUAUAGUUAA